AUGGCGGCUGCGAAGUGGUUAUGCUUCGUUUGCUGCAUGUGGAUUCUUUCCACAGCCGGAACGUCCGGGACAUUCGCCAUUUACUCACCCGUUCUGAAAGCCGUAGCAGGCUAUGAUCAGAAGCACAUUCAGGCUCUAGCCGUUGCCAAGGAUGUUGGAGAAAGCGUCGGUCUAGUUGCGGGUAUCUUGUGCGACUGGCUACCAGGGUGGCUUAUGCUUCUGGUUGGUGCACUGCACUAUCUGACUGGAUUUGGUGGUCUAUGGCUCGUAGCUUCGCAGCGCAUUCAGCCGCUACCAUUCUGGCAGAUGUGCUCGUUAAUUCUAGUUGGAGCUCAGGGGACCGCUUGGUUCAACACAGCAGCUCUCGUGACCUGCAUACGCAAUUCUCCGAGAUCGCGAGGACCAGUUGUUGGCGUCCUGAAAGGACUGGUUGGCCUUUCGAAUGCCAUUCUCUCUCAAGCUUACUCAGCUUUUCUAGCUCCAAACCAGCCGUCGUUUCUAUUGGUCCUUGCCGUCGUGCCUUUGGCAGUUGCCGUUCCAACCAUGAGCUUUGUCAGGUCAGAAAACCGGGUCUUGUACGAUGAUAUUGAGGAGAAAAAGAGCUUUGAGAAAGUCGUCAUGUCCUGCACGGGCCUGGCAUGCUACCUUCUUGUUGCAAUCUUCGUUGAAGAUCAGAUGGAACUAACAUCUCAGAUCCGGGCAUGGAUUUUUGCUGGAAUGCUGUUCUUUCUGGUUACACCUUUGGCUGUGCCGGCUGCGCACUUCUUUGAAGAGCUUCACCUUAAUUUCAUUGACACUUCAAGAAGAGAUGAACCGUGCGACGGAGAGGUGGAUAUAAGAGAGGCUGAUGACAAACUUCAACCCCUAAUUCAUCGAGUGUUAAGCACAGACUCCAUAUUUUCCGACUUCAGUCCAUCUGAAACACCAGCUGACGAUGGGAAAGAAAACCAGCCUCUACAUUGCAGUCCACAUGCUUAUUUGAGUUCAGAAUUGUGUGAUCAGGAGUCGGGGGACUCUCAAAAAGGUUUGUUGGUGCCUGACCAGGAGAGGACUUACAACUCUCACCCAGUCCUGGAUGUUCAUCAUAGGGGACUGGACGAAGCUGUUCACAGACAGCUGAACAGAAGGAGGAGUUCCCAGAUCCUCUUAGCAGUGGGAGAAGGUGCUGUACGGACGAGAAGGAAGGGUCCGAGACGUGGUGAAGACUUCACACUUGUUGAAGCUCUUCGAAAGGCUGAUUUUUGGCUGCUUGUGUUCUCGUACAUUUGUGGCUGUGGAUCUGGGUUGACUGCAAUCAACAACUUGGCACAGAUGGCAUCCUCCCAGGGCUACAGCCGGGUGCAACUGUUUGUGUCGCUGGUUAGCGUGUGGAACUUCAUUGGCCGCCUUGCUGGAGGUUAUUGCUCCGAGCACCUCGUCAAGACUUAUCUCCUUCCAAGGCCACUGCUGCUUCUUGUGGCACAGCUUGUUAUGUCAGCUGGUCAUGCCAUUUACGCGAUAGCCUUCCCAUACUCUUUGCACAUCGGCUCACUCAUUGUUGGGCUUUGCUAUGGUGUUCACUGGUCUGUGAUGCCUGCAACCGUGAGUGAGCUCUUUGGCCUGAAGAAUUUCGGUCUAAUAUUCAAUGCAGUGGCGGCUGCCACUCCAAUUGGUUCGUACUUGUUUUCAAGCCUGAUCGCCGGGUACCUUUACGACUACGAAGCGCACAAGGGUAAUGGUGUAAGCACUGCUAUUCUGAAAAAGAUAUGCCGCGAAAACGGCAUACCCAAGUGGCCCUUCAGAAAGAUCGCAUCGGGCAUGACGAUAGAGGAGAUCAAGCGAGACGCAGCAGCAGCUGUAGCAGACGAGCAAGCAGCAGGCACAACCACCGGCACCACCAGCAGCACCGGAGACACAUCCCCCCACUCCUCCUCCCCCACUCCCCCUCCUGCAUUCUCCUCCGCCCACUCCCACCACCCCUCCUCCCACCUCUCACCCGUUCCCCAGUCCCCCUCCACCGCCCACCUCUCACCCGCUUCCAAAUCCCUCCCCACUGCCCAUCUCUCCGCACCCUCACCUACCCUGCAGCACCCCCCUCCACCAGGCAUGCACGCUCCUUCUACCCAUCCCUCUCAUCCCUCCCAUGCGCCAUCUCCUGCCCUAGCCUCCUCUCUGCCCUCGCUCACCCCGCUGCUGCCAGGAGCAGGCAUGCAGGUGCCAGUGGGUGUUUCCCCCUAUGCACUCAGGACUCCUGCUGCUGCUCUCCCUUCCACUGCAGCUGCUGCUGCUCCUGUUGCUGCGAGUGCUGCUUCUGCUUUCUCCCAGCCCGUGCUGGCAUCGCAGUGA